AUCACUUCCUUAUCACUGAAAAAAAGAAAAAAGAUAGAGCUCCCUGUCCUCUUCCAUCAAAAAUUUGACAGAGUUGAGCAGUUUUUAACUUGAAUUUGUAUUAACAAUGGAGGUCGCUUCGAAUUUCCAAACAUUGUCUUUUGGACCUCGAAUCAGUCGAACCCACUCCGCCGACAUUGGACACAUUGAAUUCAGAGGAUACAUAGCUUCAGCUCAUUCCAAUAUCAAUGGUCUACAGACUGAUCACCGCCUUCCUUCAGCUUUUCAAAUGCAAUUCAAUGCAGUUUCAACUGGCCGAAUUAAAAUAGGAUCUGGAUAUUUUCCUGGACAUGGUGCUUUUGAUUCAAGAAGUGGAACUUUCACACCUUUUAGGCAAGGUCCUCAUUCACAUUCACUGAGACCAUGCCGUGUCAUGAGUGAGGAUUCUGAAGGAACUUUGAGCGGUGAAAACAUCUUGCUAAAUGAGGAAAGCUUGGCACAGGAUCUAAAGACUGCUAUUAAAGAGGAGAACUAUGCCCGAGCAGCAAAGAUUAGGGAUAGCCUCCGGCUACUCCAGGAGGAUAGUAAGGCCUCUGUACUAGCAGCAAAUGCCCGCUUUUACAACUCUUUCCGACAUGGAAACUUAGCUGCAAUGCAAACCCUUUGGUCAAAAGGUGAGAAUGUUUGCGUCGUGCACCCUGGUGUUAGCGGCAUAACUGGGUAUGAUCUUGUAAUGGGAAGCUGGGAGUUUGUCUGGGCAGAAUACGAUUUCCCUCUUGAUAUCGAGAUCAGGGAUGUUCAAGUCCAUGUUAGAGGUGAUAUCGGGUACGUUACAUGCAUUGAGAUGGUCAAAACUAAAGGCAGCAGCUGGGGAAAACAAUUUGCUACCAAUGUUUUCGAGAAGGUUGAUGGACAAUGGUGUAUGUGUAUUCAUCAUGCAUCGUAUAUCGACUUGUAAAAUGUGAAAAUAAAGCUCCUUUAGAGGUUGUGGAUAUUAAGUGUUGAAUGAGUAUGUUAGGCGCAGAAGUUUUGUAGCUUUUCUUCUACUAUAUAGUUGU